AAUAACGUUGUCAGGAAAAAUUAACUCAUGCGCACCAAACACUUCCAUUAAAUUCCUAUACUAUUCGGUACAAAAAAAAUUAGAACGGAAGGUAAACAAGGUUAAAGGCUACCAAAAUGGCUGCCGGGGGUAUGGAGCCAAUGGAUUUAGAAGGCAACCCCUCCCCUAUUGAUGAACAGGACAGUAAAUAUGGCUGCCUUGCUAACUUUAAAAUAGAUAAAAAGAUAGGGAAGGGACAGUUUUCUGAAGUAUAUAGAGCUAUUAAUAAAAUAGAUGGCAGUGUUGUAGCCUUGAAGAAAGUUCAGAUAUUUGAAAUGAUGGAUGCCAAAGCAAGACAGGACUGUAUAAAAGAAAUAGGUCUUUUAAAGCAACUGAAUCAUCCAAAUGUGAUAAAGUACCUGUCUUCAUUUAUUGAGAACAAUGAGUUGAAUAUUGUGUUAGAAUUGGCUGAUGCUGGUGACCUGUCCAGAAUGAUCAAACAUUUUAAGAAACAGAACAGAUUAAUUCCAGAGAAAUCUAUAUGGAAAUACUUUAUACAGAUCUGUAGUGCUUUAGAACAUAUGCAUUCCAAGAGAAUUAUGCACAGAGAUAUAAAACCAGCUAAUGUAUUUAUAACUGGUCAAGGUGUGGUCAAGUUGGGAGAUCUUGGACUUGGAAGAUUUUUUAGCUCAAAGACCACAGCAGCUCAUUCCUUGGUUGGUACUCCCUAUUAUAUGUCUCCAGAGAGAAUACAUGAGACAGGUUAUAAUUUCAAGUCCGAUAUGUGGUCACUUGGAUGUUUACUCUACGAGAUGGCAGCUCUUCAGUCACCUUUCUAUGGAGACAAGAUGAAUUUAUACUCUUUGUGCAAGAAAAUAGACCAAUGUGAUUAUCCCCCCUUGCCAUCUGAUGUUUAUAGUGAUGAGCUUAGAAAUGUGGUAGCCUUAUGUAUUAACCCAAUACCCGACCAGCGUCCAGACAUUACAUAUGUAUACAAUGUAGCACAGAUGAUGUAUGACCAUUACACCCAGCCGGCAUUAAAUCCAUCUCCCGUUGAUCAACAACAGUUACAGUUACAACUUCAACAACAACAACAGAUGCAACAACAACAGUUUCCACAACAACAGUUACCACAGCAACAGUUGUCACAACAACAACAAAUUGAACAACAAAAACAAGUAGCAUAAGUGGGUGUUUGUAACAAUGUCUGUGAUAUUUGGAAUAAAUUAUCUUUGAAUGAUAUUGAGAACUUUGAAAUCAUAAAGGAUAAUUAUAUACAAUAAGAUUAAGAAGCUGAAAGAUAUUUUUGAACAACAAAAUUGAAAAGCAUAGGGACAAAAUUUGUUUAUCUAUUUUAAUAGGAGUUUUAUGUGUAAGAUACUUACUCUGUGUAUUUAUUUCUGUUUUCUAUUCAAAUCAAAACCUGCUUAGGCCAUUUAAAUGUUUGUUUCUCAAACCUUCAUAUUUAUUUUGUUGGUUUGGUUCAGGUGUUAUUUAUUUCUUGGCUUUUAUGCUUUUACAUGCAUGGUGUUCAAUUCUUAAUGGCAAAAGAUGUUUGCCCCUUGGAAAUCUUGUUGUUUCAAGACACUCUUUACCUUGUGUUGUUCGGCCACAAGAACUGUUUAGUUAAGUGUGAAAUUUAUUACUACAAAUAACUUGUCAGACUUUAUUGUUAUGUUCAAGGAAAAUAACUAUGUAAGUACCAUUUUGGUCGAAUGUAAAAUUUUAUGCACAAAUUUUCAAAGCAAAUAAACAAACAAAAAAUGAUAAGAAAAAUUAUUAUAGCAGUACAUGUAUUCCCAAGAUCUUUAUUGACACAGGCAUGGCUUGAGAAACAAACAAUUUUUACUGGCCUGAUAUUUAAUUUUUUUUAUAAAAUCAUACAAGGCCUUAGAAUUGGACAUUGCUUUAUUAUCACUGUAAUUUUCACAUCAAGCAAAAAAAAAAACAACAUCUGUCUCUUUAGAAGUUUUUAAAAAAUGUCUUAGAAGCUUAGAAAGAUUUAUUUAGUAUAUAUUAAGUAAGGAAAUAUGCUCAUUUAGAAUAACAACAUUUAGUAGCUUUUGUGAUAUUGGGAUCUUAUUGAAGAAGAAAAAACUGUGAUUUGUUGUAUUAAUGUUAUACGAUUGUAAAAUGUCAUUUGUGACCUUUGAACUAUGUGUGACUCCUGAAAAUGGUCAGAUAAAUAUACUGGCAGAGUUAUAUAAAAGCAUCUUGAUCUAUAAAACCUAGUUUGAAUUCAUGUUCUAUAGGUAUUCUUGAAUAGAAAACUUCAUGUCACAUAUGAGAUUUUGAAAUGAUUUCAAAUAUUAUUUAUAGAGGUUGUUGUGUUGCCAAAAGUUUGUAUCCUCUCCCAUUAUUAGAAUUUUAUCCCCACCCCACCUAGAGUGUGAUUGAAUCUGUAUCUCAUUGUGAGUAGAAUUUUAUCCCCACCCCUAGAGUGUGAUUGAAUCUGUUUCUCAUUGUGAGUGUGUAGUUGAACUUUCCAUUUAUCACAAUUUUAUCUUCAUCUAGUGUGUAACAUUAUAGUGAUUAUUGUGAUUCACUUAAUCAUUGUUAUAAAAUUCAUAGUCCCUAAUUACAGAAGUAGAAUUCCAUGUUAGGUUCAUUGUCCCAUGAUUUGAUGUGUCAUUCCAGGAAUUUUUUACCCAAGGAAUUCCUGGGAUCUAUCUAUAUUAUCUUUAUUUUGAUGUAGAAAUAAUUUUUAAAUUUAAGGGAGGUAAUUCAUGCAUUAAACUGUUUACACUUGCUACAGCUCCGAUGGAUUUUUUUACAUUUCCAUUUGGCCAUGAUGGGAUGGUUACAGUGUGGGUAAUAUUCUAGAUAGUGCCCAUUCUGUUGAAUGGACAUUCCAUUUCUUUUGUUUCGUCAUAUAACACCUUGGAAAGAAAUGGGACAAGCUUUUGUAUUCAAUAUUUUUACAAAAAUCUUUUUGUUAAAAUUCUGGGCUGCACAUUGUUUUGCAGUGGAAAAUAUGAGAUCCACUCGAGCUGUGUAAGUGUUUAUUAUUCAGUAAAACCAAAUAAAAAAUCAGUACAAAAUAGUGAUUUUAUAGUCAUUGGGUUUUAAUUUACCUGCUGGCACAUGAUUACAACCCUCCCUGUAGGGAAGGACAUCUAAAAAGUUAGGAGGUAUACUGAAAAGUACAUUUAUUAACAUUUUGAAUUUUUUACUUUUAAAAAAAGAUUAAUUGUAAUCAGUUAAUAAACCAGCGUCAUGGACGAGAAUGGUUUAUUUUCUUAAAUUUUCCUAUGAUAUUUCUGUAUGAUCCAUCUCCCGCUACUCGAGUACUAUGGGUUUAUCUCAAUGGAGUAGAAAAGGAAUGAAUUAUUAGCCUACGUUAUUGAUGUUGCCAAAGAAAAUAGUAAUAUACAGACUAUCAAUGAUCUUUCAAACUCAAGGCUAUCCCCCUUUGGUGAGUUUGUAGCGAGAAACCCCCUCCCAUUUUAAGAACCAUCAAUACUCUAGAUCUUUAAUUGUAUGGUAUGGGGAAAAUUUUUUAAUAUGGAAAGUGAAAUAGAUCUCAAAAAUGUGUAAGGAGCCAGUAGUAUUAUGAGAGGCUUAGACCUCUCACUCCUCUCAGGGUAGAGUCCUAGGCCUAUGUCGUGACAAAUUACAUCCUUAAUUCCAGUAAACCUUGUGGUAUUCCUGUCCAAUCUUGUUCAUUGACUGUGCUUGUAAAUGUGAGGAUGUUAAUUAACUAGUCUUAUAUCAUGUUAUGUGUGACCAGCCCCUUGAUGCCCAGGGAAAAAACAUUAUCCAUGUCUGUCAUUCUAUUCUAUUUAUAUUCCAAAAUCCAACAUUUGUCCAACUUUCAUUGUAUCCUGUAGAUAUUGAGGGGAUUUUUGGUUUAUGAGUGUCUGAUGGUGAGUGACAAAUGAAGUGUGCAUAUCAUUUUGUCUUUCCUCUGGCAUGGGACAUUUGUUGUAUUGAUAAUUGAAUAUUGUUGUCAUGGUAACUACACUGUUUGACAACAGAAAUCAUGUUGUAAUGUGAGAGUUUGUAACCUUAAGAAUGGUUGUCAUGGAAACUAUAUUGUUGCACAAAAAAUAUGUACCGGUAUAUAUGCAUGAGUUACUCCAGUUGAACUCGUGUUUGCUUGUACCACAAAUAACAGGCAAAUGCUUGGUUACUGCUGGCAACUCCUAACAUGGUUGUCAUGGUAACUUUAUUGUCUUUUAGAAAAUUGUUAAGUGAUUUAUUACUGCUGAUAGCUGAAAAUAAAAAGAACUCCUUCUAUGUAAAAAAAAAAAUCAGAAUAGUUUCUAUGUUAACAUAUUUAUGUUGUGUCACAUUGCAGUCUGAUAAUUAGUUUUCACUCUUUGCUUUGUUUAUCAAAUGUACUGGUUCAAUUAUAAUACUGGAAGUUUACCUGUUGUGAGUCAGCUGAUCGUUGAAUGAGUAUGUUAUAUAGUUUAUCAUUAUUGUUGAAAUCUUUAUUGAAAGACAUAGUAAUUUAUUGAUGUUAAUUACAAUUGACUGUUGUUAUAUAUAUGUGUUUAUACAAAUGUAUUAAAAUUUAUUUCAACAACAAAAAAAACCAAUGUAAACAGAUUUAAUAGUAAAAGAUAUGCUUAAUGUUGUAUUAAAUGUACACCAUUUAGACAGACCCUUAUUGAAGUGUAAAUAUUUUAAAAGAAAUUUGUUUUUCUCAUAUAAGUUUCCCUGUUAAUUGGAAACUUGUAUAUAUCUUAGGGAAAACUCUGAUAGUAUAUAUUUGUACAAUUAUUUUAUUUUUUCAUCCAAACACAAACAUAGUUCAUUGUUUAAAUUUUUUGUGUUCAAGUUUAAAAAAAAUCUAUAUACCUUAAUUGUUUAAUGAGAAAAAGUAAUACCUGGAGAAAAAAGACCUAAUUUUAUAUCAAAUUUAAUGGAUGUAAUUUAAUACUUUUACUUACACAUUUUGAGCAUAUAAAAUAUGUUCAUAUGGCUUCAGUAUGAUAUAAACAGUUUCUACCUAACCAUGAUCUUGAUAAAUCAUUUUCUAUGCAUACUUUGUUUGCAUCACGUAAUUAUAAUUGUUUUUUGGGGUCCUUUUGGCAUUAUUUUUACCGAUGUACAAUAUUUGCACGUGCCUGUAGAGCAUCUUUACCUGGUUUAUUUAACUGAUUUCAGAGUGUCUUCUAUUUAGCUUUAUGCCUAUAGGCUAACUUAAAUUUUGAACACAGUUUUUAAACUAAGCUUGUUCAUGAUAAGUUAUUUCCAUCAGCCCUUGAUAAACAUUAUUGAUGUUAAAGCAUAUCACAUCGUCUCUCUUCUAAAUCUUACUUGCAUAAAACUGUUUUGUGGAUCAUAUUUAAAUGUUAGGUGAAGCAAUGUCAGAAAAAGGAGUUACAUUUUUAGAAUUAAAGAUGUGAUGAAAUCCGUCCAGUUUGACUUUUGAUAACUUCUACUUUAUUAUUUUUGCAUGAAUUUUAUCACCUGUGUUUUUGAGAUAUUUUUCAAUCAUUUUUCAAUCAUUUUUAUGUGAUAAAUAUAAACCCCAUUAAUACUAUCAUUACUGUGAAAAUUUGAAAUAGAGCUGUUCUUUCUUCUUUUUUCAUUUUUAACUCCUGCUAUUUUAAACAUAGAUUUUUUUUCCAUCCAUUUCAUCCUCGUUGAAAAGUUAAUUUCAUAAAAAAAAUAAUCAUAAUCAACACAAGACUUGUGCAUAUAUCAGAUACGUUUGAACUUUGACCCUUGGCUUUUUGAAAAAAAAUUGUGUUUAAGAUUUAUUGUCUUAGCCACAACUCCUUCAUUACAAAGGACAAAUUGACAGAACCAUUAUGAAAUAACUAGUAUAAAGAAGCCACACUCUUAAGAAUGAUCAAAUGUUAUUCAUACUGCAUUCUUGUACUCACAUGAUCAAAGUUUGUUACACAUUUUAUAACCCACCCCCCUUUUUUCAUGUAGGGGACUGAUAGCUUCACAAUGUGUUUCUUUUUCUUCAGGGCUGAAGAUUUAUUUUUACAUUUUAUAUUAUACUGAUCUGCUUUGUUAGAACGACAACGGCUUUAAUUAGGCCUGAAAAAGAAAAAAAUGCCAAUUUAAGUUUUAAAAUAAUGUCCUAUCUAAAAAUCUCAACAUUUUGUUCACUGAUUUGUGAUAGUAUAAUGAAAACCUUUGUUGGAAUGGUGUAUCUUGCAUACACAGCCCUGAAUCCAACCCUGAGAGAUAAUAAAUAAAGACUUUCUUUUCUUCAACUUUGUUGGUUUGUUUAUUUUAAACUUCAAUUGGAUAAUUUUUGGGGAGAAAAUUGAAAAAAAUAACACCAGAUAUGACUUACCCGCUACUAAAAUUUAUCCUGCUAUCAGCUUGAACAGAUUUUCUGUAUAUGUUUUUGUUUUUGUUAUGAGAGAGUGAUGAAGUUGAACAUUCCUUUGAUGAUUUGUUAUUUAUUUUGAAUUGUUAUCAUGUACACAGUACGUAAUAUAUUUCUGGUAAAUUUGUGCAAUUUGUAAAUAUGACACAUAACAUUAGACGUGAAUAAAAACAGAUAUAAGAUUCCCUGA